UGCAAGCGGCGGAAGGCGGGCGACGAGGAUGAGGACGCGGGCGCAGAGAGCAGCGAGGAGGCGCCGGCGGGGGACAGCGUGGGCGCCGAAGCCGCUGGGUCGCCGGAGGGCCAGGGCGGACCGCUCCCCGAAGAGGCCACUGGUCCCCCAGCCCACGCCCUGGUGCUUGGGGGCUUCAGGAGGAGCAAGGCGCCAAAGGUCCAGCCUUUCCUGCCAGCGUGGCUGGCUGAGCCAAGCUGCGUUGGAAAGAAUGUCACCGAAGGCCUGGUGUCUAUCGAGGAUAUCCCGGAAGUCCACCCGGACCUGCGGAAGAGGCUGCGGGCUCAGGGCAUCUCGUUCUACUUUCCAGUGCAGGCAGCAGUGAUCCCCGCUCUCCUGGAGAGCACAGCCAGCGGGUUCCUGGUGAGCAGAGGCGGCUGCCGACCCAGCGACAUCUGUGUUUCCGCCCCAACGGGCAGUGGGAAGACCCUGGCCUUCGUCAUCCCUGUGGUGCAGGCCUUGCUGCGGCGAGCCGUGUGCCGGGUCCGUGCCCUGGUUGUGCUGCCGACCAAGGAGCUGGCCCAGCAGGUGAGCAAAGUGUUCAACGUCUACACAGAUGCCACUCCUCUUCGGGUUGCCCUGGUCACCGGGCAGAAGUCGCUGGCCAAGGAGCAGGAGAGCCUCGUGCAGGACACAGCAGACGGCUUCCGCUGCCUGGCAGACAUCGUGGUGGCCACCCCCGGCCGCCUGGUGGACCACGUCGAGCAGACCCCAGGAUUCAGCCUCCAGCACCUCCGCUUCCUGGUCAUUGACGAGGCCGACCGCGUGAUAGACAGCAUGCACCAGUCCUGGCUCCCGCGCGUGGUGGCCGCGGCCUUUCCCAGUGAGGGCACGAGGGACCCCUUGGCUCUGCUCCAGAGAACGCAGCCCCGGGCUGUGACUGCAGCCAGCGUCUGCUGCCCCCAGAUGCCACUGCAGAAACUACUCUUCUCGGCCACCCUGACCCAGAACCCUGAAAAGCUGCAGCAGCUCGGCCUCUACCGGCCCCGGCUCUUUUCCACGGUGUCGGUGCACGGGGGCCCCAGAGACCCCGACACGGACGGGGACUCGGGCGGGAAGUACACCUUCCCUGCAGGACUCACGCAUCGCUACGUGCCCUGCAGCCUCCGCCUCAAGCCGUUGGUCGUCCUGCACCUGAUCCUGGAGAUGAAUCUCUCAAGGGUUCUGUGUUUCACCAACUCCCGCGAGAACUCCCACAGGCUCUUCCUGCUGGUCCAGGCUUUCGGGGGCGUGCGCGUGGCCGACUUCUCCUCCCGCUAUGGGCCUGGCUCCAGGAAGCUGAUCUUGAAGCGGUUUCAGCAGGGGAAGAUCCAGCUCCUCAUCAGCACCGACGCCACGGCCCGCGGCAUCGACGUGCGGGGCGUGCAGCUGGUGGUGAACUACGACGCCCCCCAGUUCCUGCGGACCUACGUGCACCGGGUUGGAAGAACCGCCCGCGCCGGGAGACCUGGCCUGGCCUUGACGCUGCUCCUCAAGGUGCAGGAGAGGAGAUUUACCCGGAUGCUCGGCGAAGGCGGGGUGCCCGGCCUGCAGCGGCACGACGCCCCGGGUGAGCUCCUGCAGCCGCUGGUCCCGCGGUACCGGGAGGCCCUGGCCCAGCUGGAGAGGGCCGUCAGGGAGGAGCGGGAGAGCAGAGGCUGCCUGCAGAGGCUCGGGACAGGCCGGCGAGGGCUCCCCCCUCCAGCUGGCGGGGCGCCCCCUUCCCGGAGACAUCCUGAGCGCCGCUUGCCAGACGCGUGAGCCGGAGCCGCCGGGAGAGCCUCGGGCCCGGCGCCCUGGACACCAGGCUCCGGCCCAGGCCUGAGACCUCCCGGGGGCCCGAGGUCAGCCCCCUGUCGGGCGGUCUUUCUGAGAACAAGCCUCCGGCGAAACUGUUUACGCUCCCCCGGCGCUGACGGGGUGGCGUCUGCCACGCGUUAGGCUGUAAGUUGGGGGUCGGCCUUGAGGUACCUUCAGGAACUCCGUUCUGACAGCGUGAGCCACCCCCCUCCGUGGGAGAGGUGGCCCUGGGUCCCUCGCUGCUGGGGCGAACGGCCGGCCGCUGAGUAGCCGUUCCCCGCGAGGCGUCGCAGAGGACGGAGGGUGCGCCGCGUGGUCGUCGCGGCUGUACCUCCCGAUGAGUCCCCGUGCCUGUGAGACGAGCGUCCGGGAAACAGGCUUCAGAGCGCUGACCGCCGUCUCUGCGAAGGCCUCGUUUCCAAAACGCACGUGUUGACAGAGCCUUAAUGGGGAGGAACCGCGGCUCCUCGUGUCGGCGGAAUAACCACCCACGAGUCCUGGCGUCCCGUGCGCCCGCUGUCGCCCGAGUGGACGUCAUGGGGCGGAGUGGGCCGCUUAUGGGAGAGCACGCGGACCAGGACUCGGGUCGCACCAGCCCGGACCUCUCGGGGCUGUAAACGCACUGUGCCUACCGAACCCGCUCACAUCUCAGUCCAGGCUUCGCACGGGACCCGGGGGGACGACACAGCCAGGCGCCGCCUCUGAGAGGCGGCUUCCCGGUCUGUGGAUUGUAUCUCAAUAAAGCAUC